GUAGUUUCUAUCCUCUCUCAGCAGAAGCGACCCUUCCAGAGAAUUUCGCCAUUUUCUGCUGCUCAGUUCAACAGACUUGAGCUUCUCUCCGCUUCUCGGAAACUCAGAUAAACAAGCUGUUAAAUCAUGGGGAGGAAAAAGAAGAAGCAGAUGAAGCCGUGGUGCUGGUAUUGUAAUAGAGAUUUUGACGAUGAAAAGAUCCUCAUUCAACACCAGAAAGCCAAACAUUUUAAAUGCCACAUAUGCCAUAAGAAGCUUUAUACUGGUCCAGGUCUGGCCAUCCACUGUAUGCAGGUUCACAAAGAAACUAUAGAUGGUGUUCCCAAUGCAAUACCUGGGAGAACAGACAUUGAACUGGAAAUUUACGGAAUGGAGGGUAUUCCAGAGAAAGAUAUGGAAGAAAGGAGACGUGUGCUCGAGCAGAAAACACAAGAAAACCAGAAAAAGAAACAGAACCAAGAUGACACGGAUGAGGAUGAGGAGGAUGAAGAGGCGGGACCCUCUUUCCAGCAGCCAGCAGCACAACCCCAGGCUGCGUACGCCCCUAUGACGCAACCUGGGAUGGCCCCAGUGCCAGCACCAGGGAUGCCACCUGGGAGUUACUCAGGAAUGCCUCCGAUGAUGCCUGGCGUCCCUCCCAUGAUGCCAGCGAUGCCCCCAGUCAUGCCAGGAAUGCCACCAGGCAUGAUGCCAAUGGGUGGGAUGAUGCCCCCUGGACCGGGAAUGCCUCCUAUGAUACCAGGAAUGCCACCAGGCAUGCCUCCUCCUAUGGGUCAUCGUCCAGGCAUGAACCACCUUCCUCAGGCCCCAGCGUCCACGGCUCCCAGCAUGAUGCCCAGAGCAGCAACACCUGCAGCCACAGUGGCUGCUCCUCAGCCUGCAGUCACUAAGCCCUUAUUCCCCAGUGCUGGACAGAUGGGGACUCGAGCUCCCAGCACAAGCUCAGCCUCCUCCAGUGUGGACACUUUGUCAGCAACCUCUAAACCGCUGUCGCAAGCUCAGCAGGGUGUGUCUGGAGCGGCAGCAGGCCCCUCUGCCUCUUCCUCUGCUGCUCCAAAAGCCACAUUCCCGGCCUACAGCCAGCCGAUAGCCCCUGCUGCCAACACAGGCAGCACUGUGGCCAAACCUGCCACCCCCGUCACAAGUAAGCCUGCCACCCUCACCACCACCAGUGCAACCAGUAAGUUGAUCCACCCUGAUGAGGAUAUCUCUCUGGAGGAGCUGCGUGCUCAGCUCCCGCGCUACCAGUGUAAAAUGCCCAGCACAGGGCAGGCCCACAUCAGCGCCCCCCCGGUUGGGCCAAUGGGGGGCGUGAUGCCCCCUCAGCAGGGCAUUGCAUCACAGCAGCCAGGAGUCAGGCAUCCAAUGCACGGGCCAUACGGUGCUCCACCUCAGGCAGUGCCUGGCUAUGUGCCAGGGGGGAUGCCAACAUAUGGGCAAGGCCCCCCAAUGGUUCCUCCUUUCCAGGGAGCCCCACCGCGGCCACCCAUGGCCAUGAGACCCCCUGUAAUGUCCCAGGGAGGCCGAUAUUGAAGCUCCACCACCAGUCUUCAAUAGGUUUGGCGAUUCAACCAUUUUAUCAUCUACUGGUGUUCUUAAAAAAAAAGCCAAAUCAUUAAGUGUAAUAUUAAUUGGACUCGCCUAACGAGGAAAAGGAAAAAAAAAACAGAACUGAUAUACGCAUGGGACUUUCAGUUUUGCUUAACGUUUUUAUUUGGACCUGUGAGAUGUUGCCGAUCACACCUUGUGGCUUUUUUUCCUUCCCCUAUGUUCCGUUUAGGUUUUUAGAAGUGAAGUUUAGUAAAUAUGGUUCGUAAUAAUUUGAAGCGGCUGGAGUUACGUGAACAGUACAGCACCUUUUAUCCAGGCAAGUCUCCGUAAACCAUACUACUGUACUAAAUGAGUGAAGCCUUCACAGCACCUUUCAGGUGCUGUUGGACUUCAUGUCCCCAGCUUUGCUUGGUGAGGGCUUCAGUUAGCUAGCACUGUUUUUCCUUUGUAUGCCUGCUUAUAAUCAUCUGCAUAAGAAAAUCAUAUAAAUAGCUCAUGUAAACAUUGUCUGUAUUGUUAUUAUGCAAACUGUAAUAAACUGUGUUGAAAACUCAA